AGCAUAACACCCUCGCAUUUUCACAAUUUCACUCAGUUUACCUUGUCACUUCGAAGUAACGAGAAGGUUCAAGCCUCGGUGAUCUAGAAACGUAAAAAAACGUUUACAAGAAACGCUUUCUUUCCCGAUUUUUCACGACCAAAACGUGUAAGAACGAUUGAUCAGAAAAGAUGGCAAACAUUCUCACAAGUACGCCGCUACUCGACCAGCUUAAGAUGUUCGAAUUAUUGGGAACGUUACAGAUGAACCAGUUAAAUCCAGAAAUAAAUCAGUGGAACCACCAGUAUAGCGUGCUCCUCGCUAAUCAGCCUGGCGUCCCACAAGCGACUCCCGCCCCUGGCUUCGAACAACGUCUCUUUAUGGCCGCUCCGAGCCAGCUGCUCGAACAACAAAUUUGCGCCUCAACCAUGCCAGGUUAUGACUACGAAGAAGACGAACUUGAUAUUUUCAACGGCGAACCAAAUGAUGCCUCCUUUAAUGUCGAAUUGGCCAAAGCCGCCCUGCGAGGUAUGCGAGAUAUUGAUACCAACCAAAUGCCAGACUUGUCAGUCUUUGAAGAUUUUCAGGAUGAAGGAUACAACCCCUCCCUUGAGGAAACAUACCAGCCACCUUCAUCGCCAGUGCUCUUGAAGAUGGAAGCAAAAUCUCCGAGUCCAUGUGGAUCAGAGUGCAGCUACUCAUCAGCCAGUCCACCUCACAGCCCUAGCAUCAGUGAAGCUAGUUACAACACCUACAGCACAGAUGAGGGAUUUGUGUCUGAGGAUUUGAGUGACCUUGAUGAAAUUCUGGAUAGAAUGAGUUCUUCUGGUUCCCCUGCAUCAAUUCACAGUGAACCUGAGAAACUUCAACCAGUUGUGGUCAAAGAAGAAGUACCUGAGAAAAAGAAGCGAAGUAAGCGUGGACCUAAGCCACCAGUCAAGUAUCGAGGUGAUGGCCCAAUUCAGUUAUGGCAGUUUCUUCUUGAGCUCAUCAUCGGCAGCGAAACCUCGCACCUGGUGAAGUGGACCCAGGAAGAAGACUACGAAUUUAAGAUCCUGCAGCCUGCAAUUGUGGCCAAGAUGUGGGGAAAGAAAAAGAACAAGCCCACAAUGAACUAUGAGAAGCUGAGCCGUGGUCUCCGCUACUACUAUGGCAAGAACAUCAUUGAGAAGGUCCAUGGAAAGCGAUAUGUCUACCAGUUCAUGUGUGACAUCCCUAAGAUCCUUGGCUAUGACCCAAUGGUGAACAAAUGUGAAGACUUUGCAGAAGAUUCUGUCUGUGGAGAACCUGUGAUGUCUCCUGAAGUUGAAGAUCUGCUUCUGACCACCUCUGUUGAGGAAGGAAAGAUGGCUGGAUCUCUUGACUUCAGCUUGCUCAUCCAAUAGUUUUCCCAUUGUUUUUGUUGAUAACCCAAACGUGUAUUGCUUCGGUGAUUUUCCUAGUAGCUUGUAUCAAGCGAAAAAGUGGUAGUAUAAGCCUCUUUUUUAUGAAUCGUAUCGAUUCCUUCCCCCCAAUUGCAAUUUUAGUAGCAAGUUAUACAAUUUUCUAUUAAAGUUUUUUCUAAGUGAGGUUUCUUUGUAGGGUUGUAUAAUUUACUAGUAGAGAUUCAAACAAACAUUUUUGCAUACUGGGUAUGCUGAGAACAAUCCCAGUAAAAAUGACAAGCAAGUUAAUUAAGGUUUUUUUAAGUUUUUGCUCUUAUUUGUUGUUAAAAACAGUGAAAGACAAAAACAAUAGUUAAUUUAAAAAAAGUUUGAAACAGUAUAGUAGGAAAGAAGCCAUAUGUGUGGCUUCUGUUCAUGGCAUACCUUGGUAAUUCAUUGAAUGUACAACAAAAGUAAUGAUAAAGUUUCAGUUUAUCAAAAUUUACUGUAGUUUUACUAGUUGAAGAUGACUCGGUUUGUAGAUGCCAAGAAGUGAAUGUUCUGCUUCUUUGGCUUAAAAAGUACUUAAUAUGUAUAUAGUUGUGUUUUGGUUUCAGGUUAAUCAUAUUGAUUAACUCCCCAAGUAUAUUAUCAUUAUCCCCUCGGCUACUGAGUAGCUUUCAUUUGUCUGUAAACCAAAUACAGUUGUAAGUAAUGAAUAUAAUUAAGGCUCAAUUAAAGUAAGUUAAUGCAGAUUUAAAAAAA